AUGGUAAAGAAAAUUCUACUUGAUAUUUUACUUUCAAAUGGUUGUGUCAUUGUUGUAGAAUGUGAAGAGGAUAUGACAUUAGAGAAAAUAAAACAAAAUACAUUAUCAUGUGUUAAACGACAAACACCAUUUAAUGAAUUAGUUCAUGAUCAAAAAAAUUAUUAUUUAGAAUCAGUUAUAUCAAGUGCACAAAUUAUUCCAUUAUAUGAUGAACAAAUUAAACUUAAUGAAUUGAAUCUAUUUUAUGGAUAUCUGAGUUUACGUGAACAUGAUGCUUUUCUUGAUGAAAAAGAUGAUUUAGCAUUGAUGAGCCUUCUACUCGGUUUUCCACUUGAUGAUUUUGCUAGUACAUUAGAACGUGAAGCAUGUGAAGCUCGAUCAUUAUUAAAUCGUUUAGCUGAUAUGCUUGCACAAGAAUCAGCAAGAGAUUUACAACGAAAUGGUUUACAAGAACAAAAUUCGUCACAAGAAAAUGAUGAGAACCAAUCGAAUCUUGUUAAAUCACAAAAUUUAUUAAAACAAUUUGGUCUUACUUCAGAUACUCGUCCAGUAUUUGUUCAAGUACAAGAACGUCAUUCAACUUCACCUAUAUGUUUUAAUCUUUCAAGUAGUUUAUAUUCUUCACCUAUUGAUAUUGUUGCAAAUGUGAUCUUAUCGAAAUUAUCUGCUAGUAAUCCAGCAAUGGCUUAUGAAGAAAGGAUGAAAAUUGUUAAAGAAUAUAGAACACGUUACUGGUUACAAGCAUUUGGCUGUGAAGAAAGACUAUUUGGUACUAAGCCAUUAAUACAAUCACGUUAUGUUCAAACAUGUCUUCGUCUCGAUAAAACAUUAUAUUUUAAAUUAAUUAAUAUUGAAAGCACAACUGGUAAUGGUAAAAAACGAUGUAUAGCAAUGAUUCAGGAAGCUAUUAAACAAGAAGAAGAACGAAAAAAACCACAAAAAUUCGGUGGACGAAGUAAUGAAAUUCGUCAAGUAUGGAAUGAAAAAGAAAUAGCUUGCAAAUAUUUUUCUCUACGUAUUUUAUCUGGUCAAUUAAUUCCAGCUGGUGAAUUUGAUGAAGUUAAAAUUAUAAUUGGAUUAUAUCAUGGUACACAACCAUUAUUUUCUGGAUCAAUUAUGGAAAGUCGUUCAGUUGAUACAUUAAAUCCUGAUUGGCAACAAGAAAUAAAAUUUGAUAUAACAUUAGUUAAUUUACCACCAGCUAGUAAAUUAUGUUGUUCAAUACAUUUUCAUCGACGACGAACAUCAUUAUUAAUUUCUGAUGAAUGGAUCUGGAUUGGAUGGGCGAAUCUCAAUGUAUUUAAUCAUAAUAGUUGUCUUAUACAAGGAAGACAAAAAGUACGAUUUUGGCCAACAGAAAUGAAUAAUAAUAAAAUAAUUUCAUCUAUGUAUGGUUUUAAUGAAAGAGCUUUAGCUGGUAUAAAUCCAGAUCGAUCAUAUCCAACAAUUGAAUUAGAAUUUCCUAGUUAUAAAUAUCAAAUAGCAACAUUAUCACCACGUAAUGGUUUAGCUAUGCAAGCACAAACAAAAAAUGAACACCUUUUACGUUCAUGUGCAUUCCAAGAUGAUUUACAAGAAACUGGAGAAAAUAUUGUUCAUUCAGAUUUUUAUGAUUGGCUUCGUUCAAUUGAAUUUGAAUUAACUGAACAAAGUCGAGUUGAACUUUGGGAUAGACGUUAUGAAUGUAUGCGUGUACCAGAAUCAUUACCACGUUGGCUUAAAUGCGUUAAAUGGUCGAAUCGUGAUGAUGUUCUUGAAGCUUAUAAAAUUGUUGAAAAUUGGCCAACAAAAAAUAUUGAUCCAUUAAUGACCGCACUUGAAUUAUUAGAUGUUGAUUAUCCUGAUCCAUUUGUUCGAUUUUCAGCUGUUCGUCUACUUGAUACACGUAUUGAUGAUGAUCGACUUCUGCCUGUUAUAUUACAAAUUGUACAAGCUGUUAAAAAUGAACCAUAUCAUGAUAGUGCUUUAGCAAGAUUUUUACUUAAACGUUCAUUAUUAAAUCAACAAGUUGGUCAUUAUUUCUAUUGGCAUUCAAGAGUUGAAUUAAAAAAUCCACAAUGUAAAGUACGAUAUGGUCUUUUAUUAGAAGCAUAUUUACGUUAUUGUGGUGAAUAUGCUGAAGAUCUUGGACGACAAGUACGUUCUGUAGAUAAAUUAAUAUAUAUUGCUGAAUUGAUACAAAAUAGUACACAUGAUGAAUUAUAUAAUCAAAAAGGUUAUCUUGCUCAUAUACUUACACGGGAAGGAUAUCCUCAAAAUCUUCAAUAUUUUCGAUCACCUGUUGAUUAUAGUAGUGAACUUGGUCUACUUGUUCUAGAUCACUGUCGAAUAAUGUCAUCAGCUCGACGACCAUUAUGGUUACGUUGGACAAAUGGUUCUGAAUAUGCUGAACAUUAUUUUCCAACAUUUGAUCUUAUUUUUAAAAAUGGAGAUGAUCUUCGACAAGAUAUGUUAGCAUUACAAUUUAUACAAAUGAUUGAUAUUAUUUGGAAAGCUGAUGGACUUGAUUUAAGUCUUUUACCUUAUGGAUGUUUAGCUACUGAUUAUUGUUCGGGUUUAAUUGAAGUUGUAAAAAAUGCUAAAACAAUAAUGAAUAUACAAAAAUUAGGUGGUUUAAAAGGACAAUUUCAAUUUGAUGCUAGUGCACUUUAUCGAUGGAUUGCAAAAAAUAAUCCCGGUGCUGAAAAAUUAAAAAGUGCAAUUGAUUUAUUUACAAGAUCAUGUGCUGGUUAUUGUGUUAUAACAUAUGUUCUUGGUGUUGCUGAUCGUCAUCCAGAUAAUAUUAUGGUUAAUGAACGUGGUCAAUUAUUUCAUAUUGAUUUUGGACAUAUAUUGGGAAAUUUUAAAAUGAAAUAUGGUAUACGUCGUGAACGUACACAAUUAGUACUUAUUGAUGAUUUUGUUCGAGUUAUUACUAAUAAUAGUACAGAAAAAAAUCCAAUUGAAACACGUGAAUUUAAAAAUUUUAAAAAAUUAUGUAUUAAAGGUUAUCGAAUACUUCGUCGUCAAUAUCGUCAAAUUGUUUGUUUAUUUAAAUUAAUGAUGAAUUGUGAUUUAACUGAACUUAAUAGUGAAGCUGAUAUGGCUUAUCUUCGACAAACAUUUGCUAUUGAUAUUGGAGCUAAUGAACAAGAAGCAUGUGAUAGAUUUGAACAGGUUCUACUUGAUUCAUAUCGAUCAAGUGUUAAAACACGUGUUGAUUGGGUUUUUCAUGCACUUAAUCAUAUUAAAUCAUAA